UUCCUCCUCUUCCUCUCCCUCUUCCUCCUCUAGUUACUCCUCAGCCUGCAGACCCCGGGGUGAGGAGCGAGCAGUCAUGUUGAUGCGCCUCAUAUCUGCGCUCAUCUUCCUCAGAGCCUCCGCGGAGCUGGGUGCACAGAGCACGGGACGCUCCCUGCAUCACAACGACCGGAACUUUUCAGACCCGGAUCACAUGGGACAAGAGCUCAUUCACACCCAGCAGCCAGAGCUGGACCCACUGCCAGCAUCUUUGACUAACUCCCUUUCCCCCCCCCCCCCCCCCCCAGGUUCUGCCUUUAACCUGAGAGUCCAGGUCAGUGACGUGCGGAGUCGUCAGCCCCUGAGCAAGGCACUGGUGGAGGUUUACGUCAACUACAUGGUCGCCAGCACUGCGCUCACCGGGGAGGAUGGUGGCGCUCUGCUCCACGUCCCUUACCUCACCGGUGUGCCCGUCACCGUCGUGGCCAGCAAGGAGGGAUACAUCCGCUCACUGCUGCCCUGUGAAACCAGCAGGAUGCCCAGUAAGAUACUUAAUGUCCGGGUAUUUUCAUCAGUGACCAUGUCACUACUGGGUCUCAAUCAAGGGAACAUCUGGCUCUUUGAGGAUUCGGUCCUGAUCACUGGAAAAACAUCUGACGCUCUGUCGCAGCCAGUGGUCCAGUUCCCCCAGAGCCUCCUGAAUCUAACGGAGGACAGUAACGUGACCGAGGUCAGAGCCUACCUGACCUUCCCCCAGCUGACGUCAGAGAGCCAAGGCUUUCCCAACACUGUGGGCAUCGUGGGCAGUAAGUCAGGUAAAUCAGGGCUCGUCAGCGUGGAGCUGAGCCCGAUGGCGGCCGUGAGUGUGCAGCUCUUCUCAGGAGACACGGAGCUCCAUGUGAGCGGCCCCGUGCAGCUCCGCCUCAGUGUUCCCGACAGCUGUGGACUUCAGAUGUCCAGCGUUGUCCCAGCGUGGUUCUUCAACCGGACCACUGGCGGGUGGAUGAGAAAAGGCCUCGGGAAGCUGGUGUCAGUCGAUGGAAAACUCUUGUGGACGUUCACAGCUCCUCACCUCGGACACUGGAUCGCAGCUCCAUUGUCCUCUACCAGAGGUUUCUUUGGACUUGCUCUUCCCAUUGACUUCAUCCUGCAGCAUUCGUCUCUCCUGAUGGUCAUACUGGGAGCAACGCUUGUCAUCGUCAUCUGUCUUCUGGUCGGAGUGUUGUGUCAUCGCAGAAGUUCCCAGAGCGGCUCUCAGACGAAGUGGAUCCUGCCGCUGACCAGAAGAGACCAAACCACCUCCACGUGUGACGAUGACGUCUUUGAGCUACAAACACACAACGGGCUUCACCAGCCUCUUGCAGACAAUCAUCACAACGGCAGUGUGAUAGCCAAUCCCGGCGCGGUGUGCGUCAGCGAGCUGGACCUCAACCCUGGACCGAAGGAUGUGACUUGUCUAUUUCAAACCACAGAGCAGAUGAGAUCUCUGGCGGAGAAUUUGUUUUUCUACAACCAGCCUGUUGCCAUCCUUCACCCUCCGGCGUUCUUCCACGUGGAGGAGGAGGAGGAGGAGGGACUCAGCCAGAGGAGCAGGUCGGCUACGCUGCCCCGUGCGGGGGGGGCUUCAACCGGCACCGCCUCCGAGCCGCUGAGUGAAGACAGCUUCACCCAGUCACAGAGCAAAGGUCCGACUGGGACCCAGAGCCAGGAGGGAGAGACGGAGGACCAGCUGGGAGUUCUGGAGGAGCCCACCACCAGCACAGCCAGGGGUCACUUCAGCCUCCCGGAGUCAGCCUCCGUCCCAGGAACAUUGAACAGAAUCAGGGACAACAGACACUCGCUUCUUGCCUUCGGAGAGUUCUCUGGAGUCCCGCCCCCUCAGACCCCCCGGGCCUGGUUCGUGUCGCUGGAGGGGAAACCCGCGGCCGAGAUCCAUUACGCCGGGUCGGAGCAGCAGAGGAGACGCAGGCCGGUGGACAGUCGGGACACCAGUUUGGACUCGGGGGUGGACAUGAGCGAACUGAACCCGUCGACUGGAAGGAGGACCGUGACCCUGGAGCGCAAGGCUACCUUCACCAAAAGCACAUCUGGCAGCAAACCUCCAGCUCCACAGUAAAGAGCCUUGAACACAGAACUCGUGGAGUGAGCAGAAUCAUAGUGACCUCGUUAGUUUAAUAUUCACAUCUGCUUCCCGACAUCCUGUCUCACCUCUUCUCUCCGGCCUCAAGGCUCCAGUUUGAACUGAACUCAUCCAAAUAGCUUUCA